GCCGCCCGCCAUGCUGCGGCUCCUGCUCCCGCUGGCUGCCCUGGCCGCGCUCCUGCGGGCGGCGAAUGUACCUGGGAGAAGUUUUGGGAUUGAUUAUGAUUCCAACUGCUUUGUUAAGGAUGGGAAACCUUUCCGUUACAUCUCCGGUAGCAUUCACUACUCGCGGGUGCCCUCGUAUUACUGGAAAGACCGCCUGUUGAAGAUGAAGAUGGCAGGGCUUGAUGCCAUUCAAACGUAUGUCCCAUGGAACUACCACGAACCCCACAUGGGAACCUAUGACUUUUUUGGUGGCAAAGAUCUAGAGUAUUUCCUGCAGCUUGCCAAUGACACUGGAUUGCUUGUUAUCCUGAGAGCUGGACCUUACAUCUGUGCAGAAUGGGACAUGGGAGGUCUUCCUGCAUGGCUGUUGGAAAAGAAAUCUAUUGUUCUCAGGUCUUCUGAUUCAGAUUACCUGGAAGCGGUAGAGAGAUGGAUGGGUGUCCUUUUGCCAAAGAUGAGGCCUUACCUCUAUCAAAAUGGAGGUCCAAUCAUUAUGGUGCAGGUAGAGAACGAGUAUGGGAGUUACUUCGCUUGCGACUACAACUACCUGCGCUUCCUUCUGAAGCUCUUUCGCAUGCAUCUUGGGGAUGAGGUGGUGCUCUUCACAACUGAUGGUGCAAGCCAGUUUCACUUGAAAUGUGGGGCUCUCCAGGGUCUUUAUGCAACAGUGGACUUUGCUCCAGGUGGUAACGUCACAGCAGCAUUCUUAGCUCAAAGGAGUAGUGAACCUAAAGGCCCUUUGGUUAAUUCUGAGUUUUAUACUGGAUGGUUGGAUCACUGGGGGCACCGUCAUUCUGUUGUGCCUGCACAAACUAUAGCUAAAACACUUAAUGAAAUCCUGGCAUGUGGUGCUAACGUUAACCUGUACAUGUUUAUAGGUGGGACUAACUUUGCCUAUUGGAAUGGUGCUAAUAUGCCUUACAUGCCUCAGCCCACUAGUUAUGACUAUGAUGCUCCCCUGAGUGAGGCAGGAGAUCUGACAGAAAAGUAUUUUGCUUUGAGAAAAGUCAUUGGUAUGUAUAAGCAGUUACCAGAAGGUCUUAUCCCUCCAACAACACCCAAAUUUGCAUAUGGGAAGGUUCGCUUGCAGAAGGCAAGCACUGUGUUGGAGGUUCUUGAUGGACUAUCACCUUCUGGACCAGUGAAAAGCACUUACCCAUUGACCUUUGUUGAGAUAAAGCAGUAUUUUGGGUAUGUACUGUAUAGAACUACACUUCCAAAGAACUGUCUGGAGCCAACGCCACUGUCUUCACCUUUAAAUGGAGUCCAUGAUCGUGCCUAUGUCUCUGUCAAUGGGGUACCUCAGGGUGUCCUUGAAAGAGACAAAUCACUUCAGAUAAAUAUAACUGGUCAGGCUGGAGCAAAUCUGGACAUCUUGGUAGAGAAUAUGGGCCGAGUCAACUUUGGUAGAUACAAUAAUGACUUUAAGGGUCUAGUUUCAAAUUUAACUCUUGCUCAAGAUAUACUUGUUGGAUGGGAAAUCUAUCCUCUAGACAUAGACGGAGCAGUGAACUCUGACAUUUUUUAUCUCCUUGAUCACCUGGAGAGAUCUGCUGUUGAAGCACUGAGUUACGAAGUACCUACAUUUUACACUGGCACUCUUUCAAUUCCUGGAGGCAUUCCAGACUUGCCACAAGACACCUACGUCAAUUUUCCUGGUUGGACCAAGGGGCAAAUUUGGAUCAAUGGCUUUAAUCUUGGUCGUUACUGGCCAGCCCGUGGUCCUCAGCUGACCCUUUAUGUCCCAAGGAAUGUACUUGUCGCGUCAGCGCCAAACAACAUAACAGUGUUGGAGCUGGAACGUUCUCCUUGCAGCACCCAGGCGUGUGAAAUAGAAUUUGUGGACGAACCUAAUAUUAAUGCAACCCUGAAGCAUGAAACUUAUAAACCCCCACUCUUCAUUAGAGAACUAUGGAUGAGGCUUCUAUAAUGAUUUGAGUAUUUCUUUAUCUUUCCCCCUCCACCCUUUGCUUCCCUUUCCUUCAAACCACACUGAUUAACACUGAAUCUCCAAAAAAGGGAAGGUGUUUAGGUGAGACAACAACUUAAAUUCUUCAAAGACUUUUUUUAAAAAAUCUCUCAGUUACAUAUUGAAUUUCUUUUUAAAAAUAAAAGCUGGAGCUUUGAAAUUUGCCUUGGACUGUGAAAUUGAACUCAACUGGAAGGUAAUGUUUCCAUCAGCCUAGUAAAAA